CAGUUUCCUGUCCCACGUUGUGUCAUGGCAGAACUCCCUCUGUAUGGACGGGGGAAUCUGUUGAACACACUCACACAUGCAUAGUGCAGCCUCCCGUCACUUGUUUUUGUUUCCUGACUCCCCAGCUGCUCUGAGCCAUCCCUCCCCUCCUCUUCCUCUCUUUCACUGCUCUCCUCCGUCCACUCCGGCUCUCUCCUUCUCCCCUCCUGCAGUGGCGUGAGCUUUUUCUUGGUGAGCGAUGUGCUGUUCGGUGGGUUUCGCCAGGUCUCUGGGUCUGGCCCUGGUGCCUCUGUCUCUGUGCUGUAUCGUGGCCAACCUGCUGCUGCUGUUUCCCAUGGGAGAGGUCACCUACCUCCAGCAGGGACGCCUGGCUACCUUCAUCUGGUACUUUGGUGGACUAGGAGGAGGGGGACUGCUGAUGCUGAUUCCAGCUGUGGUUUUCAUCACUUUGGGGAAAUGUAGCUGCUGCUGGAAUGAAAGCUUAAUGAUGUGUGGGUCGGUACUGGCAGCCGUGGUCGGUCUGGUCGGGUCUGCCUACUGUUUCGUCAUAUCAGGGUUCGCCUUGAUGCAGGGACCCCCGUGUUUCACCUCUUUUGGAUGGUCAAACCCCUUUGCAGAUCAGGGGGGCAGGUAUCUCCUGCAGCCAGAGACAUGGUCACGGUGUCUUCAGCCCGUCCACAUUGUGGAGUGGAAUGUAACUCUGCUGUGUGUGUUACUGGGCCUCGCCGUCCUCGAGUUCAUCAUCUGCCUUUUACAACUGGGCAACGGUUUAGUCAACGCCGUCUGCCGACCCUGUUGCUACAAACAGGAGUACAGCCUCAAUGCUUAAAACCACAUGUAUGUAAAGUCACCUACACACCUACAACAAUACAUGAAUGGACAUGUGCAAAAGUGGAAGUCUGUACAUAGAACCUCAUUACUUGUGAUACGUAUGUAUGCGAGCACAAA